AUGAUAUCUAUGGUGACAGCAGUGCUCGUGGCUGCGCGCGCGGUCCCGUGACGAAACUCAUUGGAACUUUCUACGGUUAGGAAAGACCGAUGUGUCCUGCUUCUCUGUCUGACUUUCUCAGCGGUGAGAAAAUAUAUAUUUUUUGUUUUCUGCUUCUCUGGCCUUCCGCCUCAUGUUGAAGAGAAAACAUGUUAGCCGUUUGAACAUUUUGAGCGUUCUAAAGCCAAACGCCAACACUGGAAGUCCACGAGCACAGCAUCUGAACGCCGUAAGUGGUUCAUGCAGCAUGAAGAUUGACCUGCUGUAUACUUGAAGCUCGAUCCUGGGACACAUCACUUACCACCUUUGCGCCUGUGAACGCUGUUGAAGCUGAAGAUGGAAGAGCAGCCGGGUCUCCCCAACGUCAGCAUACCCAGCCACGACGAGCAGAGGGACAAGAAGAAGCGUUUCACAGUUUACAAGGUGAUUGUGUCUGUUGGACGAGAGGAAUGGUUCGUCUUCAGGAGAUAUGCAGAGUUUGAUAAACUCUACAACAUAUUAAGAAAACAGUUUCCAUCCAUGAACUUAAAAAUUCCUCCCAAGAGAAUAUUUGGGGACAACUUUGACCCAGAGUUCCUGAAGCAAAGACAAGCUGGUUUACACGACUUCAUUAAGCGGAUCGUCUCAACUCCUCAGCUCUACAACCAUCCAGAUGUGAGGAUCUUUCUAGUGAUGGACAGAAGGAAGACUUCAGAUCCAUCUGAGGAUGAAGAUGACAAAAAUGGGUCUUCCUCCAGAAACAUAAACCUGGGUCUCUCUGGAAAUCCACAAGCCAAGCCUACAGACUUUGACUUUUUAAAAGUUAUAGGAAAAGGGAGUUUUGGAAAAGUUUUCCUUGCAAAACAUAAGCACGACGAAAAGUAUUAUGCAGUCAAGGUCCUACAGAAGAAAGUCAUUCUCAACAGAAAAGAGCAAAAACACAUCAUGGCAGAGCGUAACGUGCUGCUGAAGAACGUGAAACACCCGUUCUUGGUUGGGCUCCACUAUUCCUUUCAGACCACAGACAAGUUGUACUUCGUCUUGGAUUUCGUCAAUGGAGGAGAACUUUUCUUCCAUCUUCAAAAAGAGCGAACCUUUCCUGAACAAAGAGCAAAGUUCUACAUUGCUGAAAUGGCGAGUGCACUUGGAUAUCUGCAUUCUCUAAACAUUGUUUACAGAGACUUGAAGCCAGAAAAUAUCCUUCUUGACCAUGAGGGACAUAUUGUCUUGACGGACUUCGGGUUAUGUAAGGAAGGCAUUUCUCUGACAGAUACCACCACUACGUUUUGUGGAACCCCUGAGUACUUAGCCCCAGAGGUGCUGAGGAAGCAGCCUUAUGACAACACUGUGGACUGGUGGUGUCUGGGAUCAGUGCUGUAUGAAAUGCUAUUUGGCUUGCCACCGUUUUAUAGCAGGGACACACAUGAGAUGUAUGAUAACAUUCUCCACAAAGCCUUGGGGAAGCGAGCCGGUGCGUCCAGUUCUGCCUGGUCUCUGAUUCAAGGUCUGCUGGAGAAAGACAGAGAACAAAGACUGGGCUCCAAUGAUGACUUUAAUGAGAUUAAAGCUCACAGCUUCUUCUUAUCCAUCAACUGGAAUGACCUUGAACAAAAGAAAAUCCCUCCUCCAUUCAAACCCAAUGUGUCUUCUUGCAGUGACAUCUCAAACUUUGAUCCCGAGUUCACAGAGGAGAAGGUUCCCAACUCCAUCUGCUGGACUCAAGAACGUUCCAUUGUCAACGCCAGUGUUAUAGAGGCUGACGAUGCCUUUGUGGGCUUCUCUUACGCCCCAGCUUCUGAUGACUCUUUCCUAUGAGACAUUCCUAAUGAGAUCUUCAGUUGCCUUAACCAUUGUAAAAAAUUUUGACUAAAGGGAAAAGUUUAUACAAUGGAUUCUUUUUUUUCUAUGACACCAAAGCAAACAGUGGAGAAUAACCUGCACUUAAAUGGAUUUUCAUUGGAAGAAAAUCUUUAUAUUUUACCUGUUUGUAUUUAUAUUCAUAUAAAUAUCUAUAACAGAUGCUUUAUUUUAGAAUAUUGCACAAUGUGUUCUAUCAAUAGAUAUAUAUUGUAAACGAGCCUUUGAAAGCCUUAAAUUCAUCCCUGAAAUAAAAUCAAUAAGUAGAAAUAUGAAAACUUGAAUAGUUCACUGGACAAUUUGACUGCUAAGUGGAAUUAUAUGUUCAUAAAAAAUAGACUGUACAAAUAUUAACUAAGUUGUAUGAUGUGGAGUUUACUUGAGAAAACAGAGAUUUUGAUUUAUAGGUCACAAUUGUUUAAAAAAACAUGAGAAGGACUCACAGCUACUUUACAUUUUGUCUUUACAAAUGCUGAUAAAUUGUUUAAAUAAUACUUUUGUUUUCAUUUUUCUUUUUUAUCAAGAAAAUGUAAAUCAUCAGUGCUUGUCUGUGGCAGGCAGUUAAUUAGGCCUGUACUCUCACAAUAAUAAAAAUAUAUAUCUAA